CUCAAGUUCUCAGGCUCGGCAAUCAGUAUUCCCGCGACCUUCGAGCGGAGAGGGAGUCAGAGAUGAGUGACUCAGGCGGCGCCCCGUGGUGGGUGGUGGUGACGGGUGCCUCGCAGGGCUUCGGGGCGGCGAUCUGCACCGAGCUGGCCCCGCUGCUGCCCCCGGGCUCCCGGAUGUUGGGCCUGGCGCGAUCCCAGCAGGGCCUGGCCACCACGGCGGCCGCGGUCACCAAGGCUAAUCCCGCUAUCACGUUCAGCCCUGUAGUGAUGGAUCUUGCAACAGCCAAAGCCAUGGACUAUGAGGCAACCCUGAAGGACCACCUUGGGACAGGCCAGUCCACCCCGCCAGGCCAGGCCCUCCUCUUCCAUAAUGCUGGUUCCCUGGGCACCGUCAAGUACCUCAGGGAAAUGGACGAUGCAACACGCCUCUCCACCUACUUUGACCUCAAUAUUAGCUCAGUGAUCCUGCUCAACGCUGCCUUCAUGAGACUCAUCUCGACACUGUCUGGCAAAGUGAUAGUCAAGGUCAUCAAUGUCUCUUCCCUGUGUGCCUUGGAGCCCUUCAAGAGCUGGGGCCUUUACUGCACUGGCAAGGCUGGCAGGGAUAUGCUCUUCAAGGUCUUGGCUGUGGAAGAUCCAGGUGUCAGGGUGCUCAACUAUGCUCCGGGGCCUCUGGACACUGGCAUGCAGGUCCAUGCAAGAACGAUGACCCAAGAUGACGAUAUCCGCAAAACUUUUACUUCCAUGAAGGAGGAGGGCAAGCUGCUGAGCUGCCAGUCAUCUGUCAAGAAGCUGCUGCAAUUCCUGGAGAAGGAUGAAUUCAAGUCUGGUGAUCAUGUUGAUUUCUUUGAGGUCUGACGGCACAAACAAUGAAUGUUGUGCUUGGUUCCUGCUGCCAGCGGUGGUCCUUGUGUAAUUGUUAUCGUAGUACUUAAGUCUGCUUUGAACAACAAUACUUCAACGUUAUCUGCUUUCCAAUUGAUAUUUAUUAUAUUGUACAGUAACCAUUAUAUCCACAUCAGUCUUCUGUUACUCUUGGAACUUGCAUUUCAAAAUUUUACCUUUCUGGAAAUUAAGUAAGAAAUAAUAAUUCAUUUUAUUGACUUUAAUACAUGUUCAGUUACAUUCAGUAAUUAUUAGAUGCUGCAUCAUUUCAACAGAUGCCAAACAGAGCCCCAACAAAUGUGGGUUAUAUGAUAGAAUAAAUGCACAUAAAGUAUUAUAUACAGUAUUUAAUACAGCAGUGUUCUUAAUUCAGUGGAUGAGUUCAGUCCAUCACUCUGUAUUACAGAGGCUUCCAUGAAAAUAACCCUUCACUUAUUUCUCAGAAUGUUCCCAGCUUAGAAAAUUGUAUUCCACUCCAAACAAAAUACUGAUAUUCCACAAGUCAUUGGUGGACCAGUGUGUGUGUGUGGUGGACCAGUGUUUGUGUUGGUGACUGUGGUGGACCAGUGUGUGUUGGUGACUGUGUGGUGGACCAGUGUUUGUGUUGGUGACUGUGUGGUGGACCCGUACGUGUGGUGGUGACUGUGGUGGACCCGUGUGUGUGUGUGGUGGUGACUGUGUGGUGGACCCGUGUGUGUGGUGGUGAUUGUGUUUGUGGCAGUGACUGUUUGGUGGACCAGUGUUCAGUGUUUGUGGUGGUGAUACAGACUUUCAUCACACUUAAUUCAGAGAAGCAAUGAAUAAUCUGCAUAUCACUGGACUGGAAUUGCAACACACUUUUUAAAUGAAGAAAGAAUAUAGGAACACAAAAAGGUUGCAUAUAUACAGAGGUGUCAGUGCCAAGUAUAUCUUAGUAAAUUAAAUUAUGAAAGUAGCAUUAAACUAUGAAUUAUAUAAUAGGCCUUGUAUCACAUUUAGUUUCAACAUCACUAUUCAAAUGUACAAGUCUCCCAUUGCAGGUCAUUGCAUUGCAUUAAUAAAAAAUAAAUAAAUAAAAUAAAAUAAUAAUAAUUGACUUGUACAUGAAAUUAGAUAUGGAAACAAAGCAGGCAUGCCUUGGGUAAUUAUGCACCAUCAGUGGCAGUAAUAGCUCCAUCACAUUCAACUGUUUACUGCUACUACACUGUCUUUUUUGAGGUGGGAGGUGUCUAAAGAUCUGUGGUGAAGACUUUUAUUCGCAUUCUGUUUGACUCAUGUCAGUGUCAAGAGGUUUUUAUUACAUCAAAUUUAACAAAGUCAUUCAUACACAGAUGAAGUGACAAGGUGCGCGCUUGUGUGUGUGUGUAUUUACCUAGUUGUGGUUUAUGGAAGAGGAGUAAUCUCAUAGUAUCCCAUCUCUAGAUCUAUCUAGUUUGGUCUUAAAAAGCACUGACAGUUUCAGCAUUUACAAUGUCUUCAAUGAGUUCAUUCCAUUUGUUCACACUUCUGGUGAGGACAACUAUACUUCUUAAUGUCUUCUAGUUAACUUUCUUCAAUUUAUUGUAUUCCCUUGUACUGUGUGUCUAAAUUUAUAAAACCUUUGUCCACAUUUUCCUAAGUUAACUUUCUUCAACUUCUUACUGUGUACCCUUGUACUGUGUGUUUAAAUUUAUAAAACCUUUCUCCACAUUUUCCAUACCAUUUAUCAUUCUAUAGAUGAUUAUUAAAUCUCUCUCUCCUAUUUUGAAGGGUAAGAAUUUCCAACAUUCCUAAUCUCUAAAGUCGAUUUACUCAACUCUAGAACCAUCUUAGUGACUGCUCUUUGUACUCUUUCUAAUUUUCUCUUUGUAUGAGGAGAAAUGUUAUAAAAUUAGAAAGUACAAAGAGCAGUCUCUAAGAUGGUUCUGGAGCUGAGUAAAUCAAGCUAUGAAGAGAGAUUAACAAUGGUGGAAAUUCCUAUCCCUGAAAAUUAGUGUGUGUGUGUGUGUGUGUGUGUAGUGUGUGUGUGUGUGUUUGUGUAGUGUGUGUGUGUGUGUUUGUGUAGUGUGUGUGUGUGUGUUUGUGUAUGUGUGUGUGUGUGUGUGUGUGUAGUGUGUGUGUGUGUGUGUGUGUAGUGUGUGUGUGUGUGUGUGUGUGUGUGUGUGUGUGUGUGUGUGUGUGUGUGUGUGUGUGUGUGUGUGUGUGUCUUCUCUCUCUCUCUCUCUCUCUCUCUCUCUCCAGAGAAUGUCCCACACAGUAUGUUUACAAACCAGUUACUCACCACAGCCCUCCACCUCGUAUUUGAUCCCCUCCCCCCUGUCUCUACAGAUCAAUAGUAUGCUUACAGGACUAUUGUACAAGGUUAUCUUAGCAACAAUAAAAUAUAUAUAAGAAUCAGCAA